UUCAAUACAAGAAGAGUGAAAGAAGAAAUGUGGAGACGGAGCUUCAGCACCGGAGGAGCAAGCUCAAAGAUCUCCUUAAAGGAGAAGAAAUGGGACGCAUUGGUCAUUGGCGGCGGCCACAACGGCCUUACAGCAGCAGCAUACUUAGCUCGCUCCGGCCUUUCCGUCGCAGUUCUCGAGCGGCGACACCUUAUCGGCGGAGCUGCAGUCACCGAAGAGCUCAUUCCUGGCUUCAAGUUUUCUCGUUGCAGCUAUCUUCAGAGCCUCCUUCGUCCCUCUGUAAUCAGUGAGCUAGACUUACCGAGACACGGUUUGAAGUUGUUCAAAAGGAGUCCUUCAUCAUUUACGCCUUGUCUUGAUGGACGUUAUCUUCUAUUGGGACCUGAUAAGAAUCUUAAUCACUCAGAGAUUUCUAAGUUCUCCGUACAGGACGCUGAAGCUUAUCCAAGGUAUGAGAUUCAAUUAGAGAACUUUUGCAAAUUCAUGGACCCUCUCUUGGAUUCCUCAACUCCUGAAAAUAUACAAGGUGGUACGUCUCUUGGUGCUCGAAUGAAAAGUAAAAUAGAGAAGUCAGCUUUUUGGGCGAAGUGUCUUCAACAGAGUGUCACAAUGGGGCAGAAAGAAAUGGUGGACUUCAUGGAUCUCUUAUUGUCUCCAGCAUCAAAAGUUCUAAAUAACUGGUUUCAGGGUGACAUUCUAAAGGCGACCCUUGCAACAGAUGCCGUAAUAGGAAGCAUAGCUAGUGUCAACACACCAGGAAGUGGAUAUGUUUUGCUGCAUCAUGUCAUGGGAGAAACUGAUGGUGAUCGUGGCAUUUGGUCGUAUGUUGAAGGUGGAAUGGGCUCAGUAUCUGCAGCCAUUAGCAAUGCUGCAACUGAAGCAGGCGCUCAUAUUGUAACCAAUGCAGAGGUUUCAGAAUUGUUGAUUGAUGAUUCAGGUGCUGCAACUGGGGUUUUACUAGCUGAUGGGACUCGAGUACAGGCUUCAGUUAUACUGUCAAAUGCUACACCCUACAAAACUUUCUUGGAAUUAGUUCCUGCCCAUGUUCUUCCAGCUGACUUUGUCCGUGCUAUUAAGAACAUCGAUUAUAGAUCAGCAACUACUAAAAUUAACAUAGCCGUUGAAAGGCUCCCUCAGUUCUCAUGUUGCAACUUGCAUCAUCCUGAUGGUGGCCCGGAGCAUAUGGGAACCAUUCACAUUGGUUCCGAGAGCAUGGAGGAGAUUGACAUGGCUUGUCAGGAUGCAACGAAUGGCAUACCAUCACGAAGGCCUAUUAUUGAAAUGACAAUUCCUUCUGUCGUGGACAAAACUAUAUCUCCUCCAGGUAAGCACGUGGUCAACUUAUUUAUACAAUACACACCGUAUAAACCCUCCGAUGGUAGCUGGGAAGACCCUGCCUAUAGAGAAUCCUUCACCCAGAGAUGUUUCAGUUUGAUAGAUGAGUAUGCCCCUGGCUUCAGCUCAUCCAUUAUCGGUUAUGACAUGCUUACUCCUCCAGACCUUGAAAGGGUCAUUGGUCUAACAGGAGGAAAUAUAUUCCAUGGUGCAAUGGGAUUGGAUUCACUCUUCCUAAUGCGACCAAUAAAAGGAUGGUCAAACUAUCGGACUCCAUUGCGAGGAUUGUAUAUGUGUGGAAGCGGAAGCCACCCAGGUGGAGGUGUAAUGGGUGCACCAGGUCGUAAUGCAGCUAAUGUUGUUCUCGAAGAUUUUAGGGAAUACAAAAAGAUUUAAUAUCCAAUUAUCUUUCAACAAACUUGUUUAUUUUUUUUAAUGGAUUAAAUUCAACUAUAAAAACAAGUAGGUAGAAGUUGAUUCAGUAUAACUACUUUUUGGUUGUUAAAUUGGCAUGUUUAUGAAAAUUUUGUUAUAUUCAAGUGUAAAGAAUUGUCUAAAGAUAUAAA